GGAAAACUGCCAUUAUACGUCGUGACUUUUCCUCGUCAUCGGCGGAAGGUCAGCGAACACAACCGGAAAGCAAGACUACUACCCCGAUCCGCCAUUGUGGAGCAAAAGUGGGGGGAAAAACGGAAGGGUUGCUGUUUUACUCCCCAUCGGACGACACGCUGAGUGAAUGUUUCGGAGCGACUCGAGUCCCAUUCUACAGUCCAGCAAGUCGACAUCCGUGGCCUCCGUCGUCUAAAGCGUGAGAGAGCCGGUGGAGUUGGCCGAGGCGCAGCGGGGACAGAGCGAGAGCCAAGCGAGGAUACAGCGCACAGGUAGCGGGCAGCAGUGGCAGCAGAGACCGUGGACACGCAGCACAGCAAGCAGCUCGGGCUCCUGGAGGAUGUCUGCCACAACUGUCGACCAGAGACCUAAAGGACAAGGAAAUAAAGUGCAAAACGGUUCAAUGCAUCAGAAGGAUGCUGUAAAUGAUGACGACUUUGAGAAUUACUUAAGCAGCCAGACAAAUCAGAGUAAUAGCUACCCACAAAUGUCUGACCCCUACAUGCCCAGCUAUUAUGCCCCAUCCAUCGGAUUCCCUUACUCUCUGAGUGAAGCUACUUGGUCUACCGCAGGAGACCCUCCUAUGCCCUACUUGACCACUUAUGGACAGAUGAGCAAUGGUGAGCACCAUUUCAUCCCGGAUGGAGUAUUCAGCCAGCCUGGAGCUCUAGGCAAUACACCUCCUUUUCUCAGCCAACAUGGAUUUAACUUCUUUCCUGGCAAUGCAGACUUUUCCACCUGGGGCACCAGUGGCUCACAGGGACAGUCUACGCAGAGCUCAGCGUACAGCAGCAGCUACGGCUAUGCCCCCAGCUCUCUGGGCAGGGCCAUUGCGGACGGACAAGCAGGGUUUGGCAGUGACACGCAGCUUAGUAAAGUUCCGGGUCUCAGCAGUAUCGAUCAGGGCAUGGCUGGACUCAAGCUUGGGUCCGACAUGGCGGCUGUCACUAAAACUGUGGGUUCUCCUCUUGGAGGAACCGCAGGUAUGAGCAGUAUGGCAGCCAACAGCAUGCCACCUGUAAGCUCUUCUGCUCCUAAGCCCACAUCAUGGGCAGCUAUAGCUAAAAAACCUGCUAAGCCACAACCUAAGCUAAAGCCUAAAACCAAUACUGGUAUGGGAAGUGGUGCUGUGAUUCCUCCUCCUCCUAUAAAGCAUAACAUGAACAUUGGUACUUGGGAUGAUAAAGGCUCCAUCACAAAGCCACCCCUUGCUCAGCAGAUGCUGCCACCUCAGCCCCUGGUGCAACAACAGCUCCUGGCCCAGCCUCAGCCCUUAUUGCAAAGCCCACUGCCUCCACAGCCUCAGCACCAGCAGCUCCAGCUGCAGUCCCCCCAGCCUCCUCAGCAGCUCCCCCCAGGUCCCCCUCACCCUCUCCAACACCAUCCCUCUCAGCCUGGUCCCCCUCAGCCCCCGCACCCACUCCCUCAGCAGAACGCACCACCUCAAAACCGUUGGGUGGCCCCAAGGAACCGGGUCGCGACCUUCAACCAGAACAGUGGGGCUGAAAGCUUUGGUCUGGGUCCUGGCCUUCCCUUGAGUACCUCGCCCUCCUCCAGUGAGGUCCACCCCGUGCUGGAGAAACUCAAAGCCCUCAACAAUUACAACCCCAAAGACUUUGACUGGAACUUGAAGAACGGACGGGUAUUCAUAAUCAAGAGCUACUCGGAGGACGACAUCCACCGCUCCAUCAAGUACUCCAUCUGGUGCAGCACCGAGCAUGGCAACAAGCGCCUGGACGCCGCCUACCGCUCACUGGGGGCCAAGGGCCCGCUUUACCUGCUGUUCAGUGUCAAUGGCAGUGGCCACUUCUGUGGUGUGGCCGAGAUGAAGUCCACAGUGGACUACAAUGCCUAUGCCGGCGUCUGGUCUCAGGACAAGUGGAAGGGCAAGUUUGAAGUGAAAUGGAUCUUUGUCAAGGACGUGCCCAACAACCAGCUGCGGCACAUCCGCUUAGAAAACAAUGAUAACAAGCCCGUCACCAACUCCAGGGACACUCAGGAGGUGCCCCUAGAGAAGGCAAAGCAAGUGCUUAAAAUUAUUGCUACUUUCAAGCAUACCACCUCAAUCUUUGACGAUUUUGCACAUUACGAAAAGCGGCAGGAGGAGGAGGAAGCCAUGCGAAGGGAGCGAACUAAAAAUAAACAGUAACCUUACAGAGGUCUCCCUGCUAGAACUUCAACACUAAUAAUGUAGAACCUUGAAUAUUGCCUAACCACAGAGGAAGAAGGGGGUUCUGAUCUAUUUUCUGCUGAAGACCAUGUAUGAACACUUAACACAACCAUGGACUAUUUGUGUCAAUUUUUGAUGCAUCUGCCCUUACUCUUGAGUCUCUCACAAAAAAAAAAAGAAUUACUGCAAAUUGCUCACUUAAAACUGUAUCUUUAAGCACUUUGUCCUUCUAAAAGCUUCUACCAGUUACCCUUAAUAACUCUCACCGGACUUCUGUUUGGUAUUAACUGACUAACCUGUGUAGUUGGUUUGGAGGAGUAUUUCACCAGACUUAUUUUUUAGGUUGAUCAUUUCUUUGUUUUUUGUUAUUUGUUUGUCUGUUUUUUGGUUCUUUAAUUUGGGUUUUUGUAACUUUCCUCACAAUUUCAGCGCUCUGCACUCGAGCGCCCUCAGAGGAGACAACAAAAAGCAUAUGUAUAAUGACAAAUCUUUACUUGAAUCUGUGAAGCUGUGUGAUUUUCUCCAGUUAGAGAGCAGGACUGAGGGCAAGGCGUUCAUUUCCGCCUGACAGAAGUUGGAAUCAUGUCCGUUGUUGUAGACUGAAUCCCCUCCACCACCCCUCUCCCAUUGUAUCAGCAUCAGUUUGUGUACCAAAAGAUAAUAAUUAUGCAGCUUGGUGGACGACACCAGUUAAUGCACAUUUUUUUUUUUUGUUUGUUUUUUUGUUUGUUUUUUUUUUUUUCCUUGUACUUGUCAUUCAAAAGUGCAUUUGUCUAAGGAGAAGCUCGCUCUCUGAUGCCAUACCCUCACAGCUGCCCGCUCCUCUAAAGUCUAUGUACCUCACUCUGAAGCAGGCCUCGUGCUCGCCAGCACCUCUGUGAUGCUUUCGGGAAAACUCCACUCACCCACACGACCCCAGCCCCCAUCCUGGUGGGUUUUGUCCCGAACGCAGGAGCAGUCUUCUCCUUUAGUGACUCACUAGCUAAAUAAACAUUAUCCAUGUUUAGCGAUA